AAGCGAGCCCUGUCCAUCUCCCCCCUGUCCGACUCCAGCAUCGACCUGCAGACCGUGAUCCGCACCUCGCCCAACUCCCUGGUGGCUUUCAUCAACUCCCGCUGCGCCUCCUCCGGCGGCUCCUACGGUCACCUGUCCAUCAGCACCAUCAGCCCGUCCCUGGGGUACCAGAGCCCACCUGGGCAGCAGAAGGGCCAAGGGCACCUGUACCCGACACCCCCAGCCUGCAGCUCCCACGAGGUGCCCACACGUGGGGGGCUGCUGCAGCACCCACCUGCUCGAGGGGCACUGAAACACUGCCAGCAGCUGAAGCUGGAGUGGAGCCUGAGCAGCCCCCUGAGUGCCAAAUUCCCAGAGGAGCGAUCUGAGGGUGACGUCUCCAGCCCAGCAUCCACGGGCACCCAGGACCCCUUGCUGGGCAUGCUGGAUGUCCGGGAGGAGCUGGAGAAGGAGGAUGGCAAAGCCGAGUGUGAGGCUGUGUAUGAGACCAACUGCUACUGGGACGGCUGUGCCAAGGAGUUCGACACGCAGGAGCAGCUGGUGCAC